CACAGAAGAAGAAGAGGAGGAAGAACGUUGUCGAUUAAGAGGAAUGUUUAAGAGAACUGGGAUUCCUGGGAGUGCAUUCUGAUGAAGAUCAUCAAAGCUGAGUGAGCUGUGACUUACAUCUAAAACCAGUCUCCCUGGGGAGAGAGGGGAGGGGACCACUGCCUCUAAAAUGAGUCUCUCUGGGGAGAGAGAAGAGACCACUGCCUCUAAAAUGAGUCUCUCUGGGGAGAGAGAGGAGAACACUGCCUCUAAAAUGACUCAAGACACCAGUUCUAAGAGUGUCCAGAAGCCCAGAGCAGAGUCCCCUACAACCAGCCUGGUAUCAAUGAAGAGUGAUCAGCCACCUGCUUUCAGCCAGGAACCAUUACCAGAUGACAAUAAUGAAGUGGAGAUUUUGGACAGUGAGGAUGCAUUAAAGAUCACACACAACCUUCUGGACAGAAGAAGUCAAUCUCUGCUGACAGUCCAACAAGACAUUAAGGCUAAACUGAAACACAAGUAUCAACACAUAUCUGAAGGAAUUGGACACCAUGGAAACCAAAGUCUGUUAAAGGACAUCUACACAGAGCUCUACAUCACAGAGGGUGGAAGUGGAGGGCUCAAUAAUGAACAUGAGGUUAGACAGAUAGAGAUGGCAUCCAAGAAACAAACCACACAAGAGACAUCAAUCAAAUGCAACGACAUCUUCAAGCCUUUACCUGGACAAGACAAACCAAUCAGAACUGUGCUGACAAAAGGAAUCGCUGGCAUUGGAAAAACAGUCUCUGUGCAGAAGGUCAUCCUUGACUGGGCAGAGGGAAAAGCAAAUCAGGACGUUCAUUUCAUGUUUCCUCUUCCUUUCCGUGAUCUGAACCUGAAAAAGGACCAAUACAGUCUGAUGCAACUUCUUUCCCACUACUUCCCAGAGCUGAAAGAGAUUGACAGCAUUGAAGAUGGUGAAACCAAAACUGUUUUAAUUUUUGAUGGUCUGGAUGAGUGUCGACUUCCUCUAGACUUCAAAAACAAUGAGAAGUGCUGUGAUGUCACGAAGCCAACCUCAGUGGAUGUGCUGCUGACAAACCUCAUCGAGGGGAAACUGCUUCCCUCUGCACUCCUCUGGAUAACCACACGGCCUGCAGCAGCCAAUCAGAUCCCUCCUGAGUGUGUUGACCAGGUGACAGAGGUACGAGGGUUCAAUGAUCCACAGAAGGAGGAGUACUUCAGGAAGAAGAUCCCAGAUCAGAAUCUGGCCAAUGAAAUCAUCAAACACAUGAAGACAUCAAGGAGCCUCCGCAUCAUGUGCCACAUGCCAGUCUUCUGUUGGAUAUCAGCCACUGUCCUUGAGAUGAUACUGAAAGAGGCAGAGAAGGAUGAAGUCCCCAAAACUCUGACCCAGAUGUACUUACACUUCAUGCUCAUCCAAAUCAUUGUGAAGAACAGGAAGUACAACAAAGCCACAGAGACAAACCCAAAGGAACUGUCACAGUCAGACAAAGAGAUGAUCCUGAAACUGGCAAAGCUGGCUUUCCAACAGCUGCAGAAGGGCAACCUGAUCUUCUAUGAGGAGGACCUGAGAGAGUGUGGCCUUGAUGUCACAGAGGCAUCAGAGUACUCAGCAUUGUGUACAGAGAUCUUUAAAGAGGAAUCUGGGCUGUACCAAGAGAAGGUCUACAGCUUUGUGCAUCUGAGCAUUCAGGAGUUUCUAGCAGCAGUGCAUGCUUUAGAAUCAUGUCUGGACAAGAAGGAAAAUGUUUUCUCCCCCACGAGUGAUGAUGACGAGAAAGAGUCAUUCCAGUUGUCUGACUUACACAGGACAGCAGUGGACCAGGCCUUGAACAGUGAGAAUGGACACCUGGACCUGUUCCUCCGCUUCCUUCUGGGUCUCUCACUGGAGUCCAAUCAGAAUCUGUUACGAGGCCUUCUGACACCGACAGGAAGGACAACACAGACCAGUGAGGAAACAGUUGAGAGAACAGUCAGGUUCCUUUCAGACAAGAUAAACCAGGAAUCCUCACCAGAAAGGAUCAUCAACUUGUUUCACUGUCUGAAUGAACUUGGUGCCAACUCUCUUGUUGAAGACAUGCAGACCUCCCUGCAUUCAGGAACUCUUUCAGAAACAAGACUAAAACCUGACCAAUGUUCAGCCCUGGCCUACCUGUUACUGAUGUCAGAGGAGGUGCUGGAGGAGUUUGACCUGAAGACAUACAACACAUCAGAGAAAGGUUAUCAGAGGUUGCUGCCAGUAGUGAAAACCUGCAAGAGAGCACUACUGGAUGGCUGUAAACUCACAUAUAAAUCCUGUGAGACUCUAGCCUCAGCUCUGCAGACACCAAACUCCCCCCUGAGAGAACUGGACCUCAGCUACAAUGACCUGGGAGACAGAGGAGUAGAGCUGCUCUGUGUUGGACUAACCAGUCCACUAUGCAACAUACAGACACUAGUACUGGUUGACUGUAAAAUCACACAUGAAUCCUGUGAGACUCUGACCUCAGCUCUGCAGACACCAAACUCCCCCUUGAGAGAACUGAACCUCAGCAACAAUGACCUGGGAGACAGAGGAGUGGAGCUGCUCUGUGUUGGACUAACCAGUCCACUCUGCAACAUACAGACACUAGUUCUAGGUCAGUGUGGUCUGACAGAGGGUUGCUGUUCAGAUCUGGCCUCAGUCCUGAGUUCACCCAACUCACAACUGAAACAUCUGGAGCUGAGAGACAAUGACCUGCAGGACUCAGGAGUUACACUGCUGUCUCCUGGACUGGAGGAUCCAGACUGUAAACUACACACACUGGGGCUGUCUGGCUGUCUGGUCACAGAGGAGGGCUGUGCUGCUCUGUCUUCAGCUCUGAGGUCAAACCCCUCCCACCUGAAAGAGCUGGACCUGAGCUACAAUCACCCAGGAGACUCUGCAGGGGGACUGCUUUCAGCUACUCUGGUGGAUUCAACAUAUAAACUGAUGAAGCUGAAUGUGGAUCAUGGCGGAGAGUGCAGGCUGAAAUCAGGGCUGAGGAAAUAUGCCUGUUAUCUCACCCUGGACCCAAAUACAGCAAACCCACACCUGAUACUGUCUGAGGGGAACAGGAAGGUGACAUUGGUGGAAGAGAAGCAGCAUUAUGAAAACCAUCCAGACAGAUUUGACUAUCAUCCCCAAGUUCUCUGCAGAGAAGGCUUAUCUGGAUCUCGUAAUUACUGGGAGGCGGAGAUGGAUAGGUACCUGCAUGAUGGCAUGACUGUCUUUGGUGUGGUGUACAAAGGAAUGAUAAGGAAGGGAGCUGGAGAUGACAGUAGCGUUGGACACAAUAAGGAGUCCUGGUGUUUAGUCUGCUCUGACAGUCAUUAUCACUUUUUCCAAGCUGGAGUCCGUAGGAGAUCCAUCCCUCGUCCUGAUUCUAUGAGAGUUGGCGUGUAUCUGGACUGGCCAGCUGGUACUUUGUCCAUCUAUAGUGUGUCCUCUGGUACACUGAAACACCUAUACACAAGACAGACCACAUUCACUGAACCCCUCUAUCCUGGAUUUGGGUUUCUGUUUGGGGUUUUCUCCUCCUCCUCCUCAGUGACCCUGUGUCAGAUAGAUGACCAAAACAUUCAGAGAGACCAUGGUGGAGAGAGUUGUAUCAAGUCUGGACCUGAGAAAUGGAUUCCUCAGAGCUGUAAGACUUGUGACCAUGUUGAGGACUCCACACACUGGCUUCAGAUUGAACCCUUGACUUCCACUGUCCAGGGAGUGACAAUGUUCAGGCACAGGACAGCCAAAGGGAGUUAUGAGUGCACAGUGUCUGGCCUCCGCUGGCUGUGUGAGAGAGAUGUCAUUCUGAAGUAUCACUUCAGGAACUGGGAACCCUACAGUCAACUUCUGAAAGACAUGCAGUACACACAAGGUGGUCCAUUGCUGGACAUCACUAUGGAGUUAGGUGAACUGGAGGAAGUUCGUCUGCCACACUUUGUCUGUUUAGGGACCAACCCUUCCCUGAGGAAUGAGAUGAAGAUUCUUCAUGUAGAGGAACAUGGAGUGUCUUUAGAGGAAGUGCAUGAGGUCACCAGAUUCCAUGCUAAGAUUCUCCAUCCCAAGUUCUCAGCUAUCUCUCUGAUACUGAGAUUACUGUCUUGGAACGUAGAUGUCCACUGUGAGCUGAUGCUCUAUCUGUCAGUGAUGAAGGAAACACUAAUUCCACGCCUAUACCUGUUCCCCAGUAACCCCGGCCAGAUACAGGUUGUGGAACAACAGGAAACAAAGUUUCAAGGGUCUAAAAGGAUUCCCAUCACAAGACCAGAGCGGUCCUUCAAACUGAAUUGUUACUUCAGACUGAACAUUCCCUGUUCUACUGCCAUCAAUCCACCGAGGAUUCAUCUCAUACAAAGAGACACCACACCAAGCUUUUUCAAGGCGGUUGUGAAAAUGACAGGGAUUGACAUUGAGAUGGAGUUAUUCAGUGAUGAUGAGAGGACAGUAUGGACAGAAAUAGUAUCACGAGAUGAAUACUAUCAGAACCAAGCAUUAACACUCUCUGGGAUUCCUGCUGAGGAGUUUCUGAAGCAACACAGGGCUGAACUCAUUCAGGGAGUCAAAAACACAAUGCCAAUAGCAGAUGAUCUGUUGUCAAAGAGCAUGAUUGGUGAUGAAGAGUACUCCAGAAUAAAAGCUGAAACAACUGAACAGGAGCGAAUGAGAGAACUACUGAAUGCAGUCCUCCCUAAAGGACCAGAAGUGAUGGGAGCUUGUCUCAAAGCUCUCAGUGAACAUGAACAACAUCUUGUUAAGUACUUGAGAGAAUCUAGCACCUAAUCUGAAGAUGCUGAGGCCUGUCUCCUAAUCUGUGGACAAAGACACUUCUCCACCUAAUCUGAAGAUGCUGAGGCCUGUCUCCUAGUCUGUGGACAAAGACACUUCUCCACCUAAUCUGAAGAUGCUGAGGCCUGUCUCCUAGUCUGUGGACAAAGACACUUCUCCACCUAAUCUAAAGAUGCUGAGGCCUGUCUCCUAGUCUGUGGACAAAGACACUUCUCCACCUAAUCUGAAGAUGCUGAGGCCUGUCUCCUAGUCUGUGGACAAAGACACUUCUCCACCUAAUCUGAAGAUGCUGAGGCCUGUCUCCUAGUCUGUGGACAAAGACACUUAAAUGAUUGUAAUGGAAAUGUUUAUGUUUGUGCUAUUCUUUUAACACAUGUCUGUGUUUUAUUCAUGUGCUGUUCUAUAAACCAAUGUGUGUUCAUGCAA